GGCCGGCAAACAGACUGGACACAAGCUCAAACUGAGACAUCGAGAAGAAUCUGAGAAGAGAACAAUCCAGAGAACCUGAAGACUUCCAGAACACGUAAAUAGAAGAAAUGGAUGCCCCAGCACCAGCAGACAAGAAGGGACCCCCCAGGUUCAAGCAAAGGACCACUCGCACCUUCAAGAGCAAGGCCCCCAAACCUGGCCAGAAGGGUUUUGGAGAUGACAUCCCUGGAAUGGAGGGUCUUGGCACAGACAUCACUGUGAUCUGCCCAUGGGAGGCUUUUGGCGACAUGGAGCUCAGUGAUCUGGCGAAAUAUGGAAUCGUGUAGUCGUCUUCCUCUCCUUUUCUUCUGCCACCCCCGUCAUUAAUUGACAACCAGCUUGUAGAAUCAUCUAUCAUGAAUCGUACUGAAAUACAAACCAGCAGACGAUCCAAUCUCAAACCAACAUAGGAACUUCAGACUUCCACAGGAUGGGAUUUAAUUAAAUCAAUCUGUUUGAAAAACAGGAAAAAUGGCAUAGUUUCUCUCUACUUCUGAGCUGAUGCUCUUAAAGUCUACAUGUAAAGCUCUUCCAUUUUGGUCAGGCAUCACUGGAGCUCUCAGGAGGAGGAAUUGAUUUUAAAAUGCUGCAAUAUCCUUCAGCCGCUCUCCCUCUCUCCUAAUAUUCUAUCUAAACACAGCACUUUAUGUACAAAUCAACUUUUGGUUUUUUUGAACGGUAAAUAUGAAUGUGUUUGUGUCUGAAUCAAGUCAUCAUGGAUAAUGAGCUGAUCACAAUGAAACCCAUUAAUCUGGGGGUAGAACACACAAAAUAAAUGUCAAUCUUCCAAA